AUGCCUAGUAUCGGAUUUUGCAAAACUAGCCCAACCAAAAAUGAAAAAAAUAAAGAAGACACACAGAAACAGUUUCCUGUUCCUGUUUCGGACGCUCAAGUGAAUGAGUGGGAGCGACAGGUAACGAGCCUGAACAUGUCCAUACGGGCCCUUAUAGAGAACGCUAGACUCUUUCGGGAUUCUUGGAGAUGCGUGGUGUGUACAGGACCAUCAUUAAUUGCCGCCUGGAUUGCACUGUAUAGACAAAUACCUCCGGAAAAGUCAUUAGCAGCUUCGGUAGGGACACUCGUUGAAUGGAAUAAAGCACUGGAGAGCCAGCGUAGAGAAGUACUACUCCUACUCCAGCCUUUCGAUUAUAGCAUCUUAGCUCCCUGCAAGGAAGUAAAGCAUUACAUGAAAAAGGCGGAUGAACUAGUUCAAAAACGCACACGGAAGAAAGCGGAAUUUGACAAGCUACAGAAGGAUUUGCUGUCACUCUACGAAUUGCAUGAACCGGAAUCACAGCGUCACAAACUCAAAUCUUUUCGUUCGAGUUUGCAACGUGUGAACAAAGAGUUGGAUGAGCUAAAUAGGGUCUUGGCUAAGAACAUCCCGGCAAUAAUUUCAAAGAGCAGAACUUUGUUCCAGCAUCUGUUGAAGAGAUUCUAUAAAACCCAUUUUCAAAUAGCUCGCAAAAUGUUUAUUGCAGUGCGACCUUGGGAUUGUUUUCAAGAUGAUAUCUUACAAACAUGGAAUGAAGAAUUUGGAGAGAUUCGUGAAGCUAUGGAACGUUUGCAGCUAUUGUCUGGUACACUAAGCAGAACAACAAGUUUAAGUUCACUACCCCGAAUCGAUACGUCUGUAUCGUCGUUGUCUCAAAACAACUCACCUCUUUACAAUUCUGCAAUUUCUGAAUCGUCAUCAGCGAACUCGUCUUUUCUGUGGCUGUCACCAAAUGUUCCGGAUACUCGAUAUAAAGAUAAAACACUAAGAACGGUUAAAGACUUCGCUUCGUCCCCAGUGAAAAGUUUAUCGAGUACGAGUCUCUCUGUGAAGUCCGUAAACCCACCCACUUUUAGUUUCCAACAGAGCGAUUAUUCUGUGUUGCCUGAAGAGUCUCUCAAUAAUGUUCAACUUGUUCCUGAAGAUUGGUCGUUUUUGGCCUCUGGAAAUGCAAAUGCCGUCUUUGAGUACACGGGAAAGGAUCCUUAUUUCCGUGGAAAGGUUCUUCGAGUCCGGAGACGCGGGCAAACACUACUGUCGCAAGAUGUCCACAGCUAUUUUUACUCUACUAUCCGACCGCUGUUUCAAGGAUUUGAGAAACAUCUCUUGGAUAUUACACUAUUGCCGACAACCCGUGAGUUUUUGGAAGCCUUACAGAAAACAAGUAACAUGCUACUAAACCUAAAUGAUACAUCCGGAAUCAUUAUGCGAGAUCUGAAUGAGGGUUUGGAAAUGAAACCAAAAUGGCUUUCUCAAUCACCAACAGCCCCUACGGACUGGGUUGUUUGUCGGACAUGUGCUAUCUGUCGAAUGCGAGGUAAGCCUGUUGGUUUUUGUCCGUUGCGUCUUGAUCCAGACAAUUGGGAACGUUUUUCGUCGGCUUUAAGGAAUGUGGUUUCCGGCAAUGUCGCUCGUCGGAUUUAUAAUUCUGGCAUACUUAAACGUUUACGAAGUCUGCAGAAACAGUUUGAGACAAGCAACAUAUCACUUGCAAUGACUUUACGGGACGUUACACUGUAUAUUGGAGUUACAGGAAUCACUAUCAUCGAUCUUGACCCCAAGGAUGGCAAUGUAAAACAAGCGCGCUGGGAAAAAGACGAAAAGGAUUUAAUUCAAGGUGGUUGGUAUUAUGGACGCGGCAUGAAAGCUAGCGAUCAACCUUGUCGUUCUGUUUAA